CCCUUGAUCUUUUCCUCUCCCACUUUUUUUUUUUUAAACUCCGGCUCAACAGUUUGUUUACGGUCCCUUGCUUCCCCUUCUUCUCGCGCUGCCGGACAAGUGUCUGCCCAGUGGCAUUCCGAGCAAGCGAAGCUGUUGGUCGCGCUCGAGGGAGGGAGCGGAGCCCGAGAAGCGUCGGCGGAGAUCUCCCAAGCAUUUGCUGAAUGGGAGAAUAUUCAUCGCAUCGGAGCUUUUGAAAGUCACCUCUCUAUCUGGUCCUCUGUCUGGUUUUAAAAGGAAAAGGAAGCUGCAUAAAAACGAUUUAUUUCUGGUGUUUGGGAGAAGAGGUGGUGGCGGGAAACCCAGCGAAGAUUUCCAGAACAUACCCUCGAGUUUAUCUCUUUGCUCACCGAGCCACGCCGUCAUGGACUUCCUAUGGAUGAGCUGAAAGGUUUUCAACAGCACCCGGUCUACCUCCAGCAGUGCAAAAUCCAACCCGAAGUUGCAAGAUGACCGAUGAGCCCAUCAAAGAGAUCUUGGGAGGUUCCAAAUGUCCUCAAUGUGCAACGCUGGAAAAGUGCAACAACAAUGACUGCAGGGUGACAGCUGUGCCUCUGGUGAGCGAGUGCCGGCUGACAGCCGCCACGGGGGGAGCUGAACUCUCCUGCUACCGCUGCACGAUCCCGUUUGGGGUGGUGAUCCUCAUCGCAGGGGUGGUGGUCACAGCUGUGGCGUACAGCUUCAACUCCCAUGGAUCCAUCAUCUCCGUGCUUGGGCUGGUCAUACUGUCCUCCGGACUCCUUUUGCUGGUGUCGAGCGCGUUGUGCUGGAAAAUCCGACAGAGGAGCAAGAAGACAAAGAGGCGAGAAAGCCAGACAACUCUAGUGGCAAAUCAGAGGAGCCUGUUUGCUUAGAACGGAACAGAACUGCAAGCGAAUAGUGAUGGGGGGAGAGGUGGAUCACGGAACGGACGAGCCUAUUUAUUUGCAGUUGGGCUGCAGGAUUUUAUUAAUGGCUGGAUCGGAUUUAUUAAAAAAUAGGAGCUAAAACGCACUUAACAGUUCAGGAGUCCUUGGUAUCUGUUUAAUCGCAAGCCUGCUUCAAGAUGCACUAGGGUUGGUGUUUUGCGUUGGGUUUUCGUCGUCCUCUUCUCUUUCAGCUUACUUCCGCCUUUCAGUUACCCGACUUGCAUUGCAACGGUCAAAUGUCAAUGUUUUCAUUCUUUGAGGGGUGGGAGGGAGUUUUGUAGUGCCAUUGUGGCCAAGCACCCAAGUAAGGAGCCCCAGAUGGAAAAAUGUAGCCUGGUCAAAGUUAGCGGCAGGAAGCUGAUAAGGCACACCUGAAAAAUUCGAUCGCUUGACAGGAGCCAGGUAACCCACAAUGGGCAGUUCUCUAUUUUGGGGUAGAAUUAACAUGUUUCAUAUGCCUGCAUGUGAGAGAAGCCUGGUUUGAUUUUUCCUUUCCUGAGAAGUAGUGUCUGAAAAACGUGGGGCAAGGUGUACGGACAGUUUUAUUUAUUCAUUAUUAAAUUUAUAGCCUGCCCUUCCUCCAGAGGCUAUGUAACCUGUCAGUGUUGAUUUGCCAUAAAUUUGGAAGGGACCAUGGCUGCAUCUUAUGUGGGGUUGGCAGGGAAAGGGUCAAAUGCCCCCCCCAACAGCUGCCUCUGUGCUUCAAAUUCCUCUAGAAAAAGUAGCCGUCACUCCUUUGUUUCGGGCGUUCCUGUGCAAAUCAGGGGUAGGGAACCUGCAGGGACCUCCAGAUGUUAUAAGACUCCAAAUCCCAUCAGCCCCAGACAGCGUGACCAAUGUUCAGGGAUGAUGGGAGUUGUAGCCCCAAAGCAGCUGGAGGGGGAUAGGUUCCCCAGCUCCGGUGUUUCAAUCCCAUCUUCCGAAUUAAAUAAAAAAGUUGCACAGCAUGCCAUGUUAAAUUCAUGUUUGUUUGCUUUGACUGUUGAAAACUGUCCUCCUUGCCAUCGCUCAGGAAAGCAGCCUUGACAUGCUACUUUCCUCUUUCCAAGGUAACGAGAACUCCCCUGCCUGCCACUCUUGCCCACUCCAAAAAGACACUAGCUGCCAUCCAAGGUAAUAGCAACAGACCCACCAAGUGUCCUUAAUUUUCCAGGGACAGUCACAGAUCUACAGAAGCCGUCCUGUUUUUUUUAUUUGAUCCUGGAACAUCCGCUUUUCCUUAGGGCAGACAUCCUUAUUUUCAUCAGAUAAAUGUUGGAGGGUUUGGAAUAGGACAUCCCCAGGGUUUGUUUGUUUUUCCAGCCGGAACUCGGCUCCGGCCCCUCUCAGGUGGGCGCCAUUGCCAUUAUAAGAGAACAAGGAAGGUGUCCAUGGUGAGUUCUGGCACCUCUUUUUCUAGAAAAAUAGCACUGGACCGUCCCCAUUUUCAUCGGAGAUGUUUUGGACAGUACGGAAUAGGGUGUCCCUAUUUUCCUUUGGAGAAAUGUUGCAGGGUAUGUAGCAAAUAUUUGGACACUACUGGAGAAGAUUAUCAAGAAAAAUCAAGGACGUGACCCAGUGGUGCCAGGGACCUGCCGCUUAGCACUAUUUUUCAACAGGCGACAAGCCCAUGGACCAGCUUCUCCCUCCGACAUGAUGCCCUCUAGAUGAUGUUGGACUCCCUGCAGCUCCAGCCAGCAUGGCCAUCACUAGGGAUGAUGGGACUAGGAGUCCAGCAACACCUGGAUUGCAGCAGCUUGGGAAAACUGUCAUAUGAGUACAUGGCUUUGACUUCUAUAUGUAGAGCUGGGGCUCCUCUCCCCUCUCCAAGGAACUGUGAUAGCUGCAUCAGCCCCGUUCUUGGGUAUCAGCUCAGCUCUCCAUUUUGUUCCCAUGACGUUUAUCUGUGGUACUUCGUAAAGAGUAAUAUUGAUUUUCUUUUCUUUUUUUAAAUGAUUAUUUUAUGUGGGGGAGGGGCGGGUUUGCUAUUGUUUAGACCAGUGUUUCCCAACCUUGUGCCUCCAGCUGUAUUUGGACUACAACUCCCAUCAUCCCUAGCUAGCAAGACCAGUGGUCAGGAAUGAUGGGAAUUGUAGUCCGAAAACAGCUGGAGGCACAAGGUUGGGAAACACUGGUUUAGACACAGGGUGCUCUCUCUGUACUUAUUAGCCCAAAGUAAACAGAAAGGUAUGUUUAUAGCUUUUUUUUAAAAAAAGUGACCUUUUUUUGUAAGUUAACUAUUAUAACACUGUCAUACUUAGCACUUUGGGGUGGUUUUGAUAUUUUAAAAAAAUGGUUUCUAAAAAUUGUACCCUCUAUUUUAAAAUAAUAAACCAUCUCUGCUGCUAAAGCAUAAGAGAACCUAGUCAUUUGCAUCCUGUUCUGGAGCUUUUUGCCAUCAAAGACAAUCGCUGCAAAUAGGUGGAUUCUCUUUGUGAUGCUCAUCCCAGCUCCAUUGAACGGGAUGGCUGCAUCUCAUACAGGAGAGGAAUCUCAGUGCCAUCCAGGACAUUUAGUUGGCAAUAGUUAAAGCACGUCAAAGGUAGGAUAGGGCCUUUAGCCAGGCCUGAGUGCUUCUUUUUAUAAUUAUUUAUUUUUAUAAAUCACAAAUAAAUAAAAAUAAAAAUGUACACCCCGCCACCGAGACCAUUCCAUUGUAACUAUCCAACCUCCCAAAACUUCAACACCUCUCGCGAUGGUUUGACCCCUUUCCGUUUUAACAGUAUAAAUUCUACAAACAUCUUCCGUAUCUCUUCGAAAUCAUUUCUCCUGCGUAUUCCCCAUCUUACCUUAAUGGCACGUGUUAAUUUAUCUUUAAUAGCCAGAUCCCACACCUCUUUAUACCAUUCUUCCAUUUUAUAUUCUGCUUGCCUCUUCCACCUCCUAGCUAUCAUAAUCCGUGCAGCUGUCAAUAAAUUUGUGAGCAGGUCCUUCAUAGCCGGGAAUUAUGUUCACAUGUAGUGGGGGUGUAAAUAUGUACAAUUUUUCUGGGAAAUGGUGUUUAAGAAGAUAACAGAAAUCACUGGGUUAAAGCUGACCGAAAGUCCAGAGAUUGCAUUAUUAUCAAUUUGCAAUGGGGUGGAAGGCUCACAGGCUAUGAAGGCCUGAGUGCUUCUUAAGCUGUGGAUAACUUUCUUUUUGCACCUUUAAACGCUGAACCUUAUCUUCUGUAACUCAUUCAUGGAACUCACUGGCAAAGGAUGUGACCGUGGUUGGUAGGUAAUAUGCUGUUUUAAAUGGGGAAUUGGUUGAGGAUGGAACUCAAUUUAAUAUGUAGAUUAUAUAUUAUAAAUUACAUGUUAUAAAUUUGAAGGAAGCGCCUUUGAUUUGUGUUGUGGCAUCUUACAUGGUAGAAAACAAGGUAGAAAUGGAUGUUGGGCAUCUGUAGGGUGCUUACAUUUAUAGGGUACGGACGUGGAGGUUUUGCUGCCAUGUUGUUAAUGAUUUAAAAGCACUCUCUUGGAUAGAAACAAGAUGCUCUGCAUUGACCAAGUUUCAAAACCAUGCACCAAAGCACAUGCCCUUGAUUGCUACUCACUUCUUCCAAAUGAAUGAAACUCUGAAGCCUAUCAUUGCACAGUUGGCUAGUUUAUGUUUAUACUGUAUAUUGCUUCCCACCAGUGCCUUUCUUCUGAGGAAAAAAGUGUGGGAACUCGCCACCAAGUUCAUUUGUUCAUUUAUUGCGGGCCCAAUCACAGUGCCACCCCCACCCCACCCCACCCCCCAGGCAGCGGCUAAAUGUAAGGUGUGUUUAAUAAACUCAAACAGACAAUGAUCUAGAUUAGAAAUGACCACAACUUUAUUUAUUACAGGUCUUCUUUGGCGAUUACUCGUAGCUGAGUAAGAUUGUCUUCCAUAAACAUGGUUUUAACAGUGACUGUGGAGGCCAAUUCUGGAUCCACAAAGUGGGUACAUAUGUUUCCAGGUGGGAGUUGAUCACGGUGAGGGUUUGCCAAGCGUGCCUUCCUCUUGGCAUGUUUCUCCCUUUCAUCCUGGCUUCGAGUGUCUUCAAAGCCCAUGACACCUUUGGUAAAGGCUGUUUUCCAACUGGAGCGCUCGCAGGCAAGUGUUUCCCAAUUGUUGGUGUUUAUACCACAUUUUUAAUUUUUUUUUUGCCUUGAGACAGUUUUUAAACCUCUUUUAUUGACCACCAGCAUUACGCUUCCCAUUUUUAAGUUCGGAAUAGAGUAGUUGCUUUGGAAGACGAUAUUCAGGCAUCCGCACAACAUGACCAGUCCAACGAAGUUGAUGUUGAAAAACCAUUUACAGGUAUAGGCAGAUUUUCAGCUCAGGCAUUGGGUGUAUAUCUGUUCCAGCCCCCGAAACAAACAAAAAAAAAAUCAAUUAUUUAAUUUUUUUUAAAGGUAAAGGGAUUCAGUUCCCCUGAGUUCCUACUGGGGGGGAAAAAACACCCAGCUUCCCACAAAUGGAGGUGUUCUGAAGCUAUUCUAUAAUAACGAAAUGCAGAAUAUCCCCUUAUCCCUUGCACAGCACUGUUCAAGCUUAUUUUAAAAAUUCAUAUACCCACACGUAUAUACCCCUCAUAGCCGAGAUCCCUGGCCUUGUAAAGUGGAAGUUGUGAUUUAAAUAGAGCAGGCGAUACCUAUGGGAGGGGAUGUUUAGAGUCAGUAUUUGUGUUGCUACACUCCGCUGUUACCAGACGCUAUAAUAAAAUCGCUUGCAUCAGAGGAAAGCUGACCACACAUCUUAGCACUUUUCAUAGCUCGGACUUAAUCACGGCAGGAAGCUUUCCUGCUACUAGGGGAACAUAUUGCGUCACCAGAACAUCUGACGCGGGUAUCGUGUGUCAAUCACUUUGCUUAAGGUCAUUAAAAAUAUUAGGGGGUGUCCUCUUACAAUAUAAAGCCUUUGCACGGAGCGACAAUUAACGGGGCCCGUAGCAAUGACAAAUAAUUGAACAGGUGGAUUGAAAAUAAACGUCUCUCCCGUUCGUAGCGUGGAAAGUGAUUUAACAUCAGCAAGACUCCGCAAACCGAUCUGUUGCUGAAGGGACAGCAUUUAGCAGGUUUCAGUAUGGGAAAUAAAAAUGAUACCUUCCGACGCUGUCCCCCCCCCCCCCCCGUCCCUUUCCGUUCUGCCAACACCAAGUCAUUUACUUAGUGCAGCAACCUGCUUUAGUCAUAUUUUGAGUUUAGACACACUGAAAACUCAAUUGGGAGUCUGACAUUAGCUCCUCCCCCGCUCCAACUGACACAGGUUUUUUUUUAAGCAAAAAAUUCAUUUUUAUUACAGUUUUUUUAGGUUACAAAAGUAUGUGCGCUGUCUCUUACCCCCAACCCCCCCCCCCCCCGGAUUAUAGAGUCUUUUCUGUAGAUCAGUUACAUUCAAUGUGAGACAUUACGGGUGUAUAUACAGUAUAGGUUUGGGGGAGAAGAGAGGGUGGGGUGCUAAAAAUUGCCUUCUUUUACUUAGUGUAUGUUUGGGGUGUGUGUGUGUGUUGAUGUUGAUAUGAUACAGCCAAGCUUGCCCAGGAUGUGGACCUCAUCCCACGAUUGCCUCUCUUCAGUGGUUUUUGUGAGGCUCCAAAAAUUUCCUAAACCUGUUUCACGAGACAUGAUUGCACAUGGCAAGGUGGCGAGAAACCGUCCUCUUUAGUUGACUGGCAUUUAAUAACCUCGUGUGCAAAUCACCUUGAGACAGUUGUUUAGCUAUUAAUAAAUCAAGGGUGAUUAUGGUGGUGGUGAUAAUUAAUCAGAGGAGGAGAGUUUUGCUUCUAUCUCUCUGUGUGUGCAUGUAUAUGGGAUAAGGUAAAGGUAAAAGGUAAAGGACCCUUGGACGGCUAUGUCCAGUCAAGGAGACUAUGGGGUUCAUAGAAUCAUAGAGUUGGAAGAGACCACAAGGGCCAUCCAGUCCAACCCCCUGCCAAGCAGGAAACACCAUCAAAGCAUUCUUGACAUAUGCCUGUCAAGCCUCUGCUUAAAGACCUCCAAAGUAGGAGACUCCACCACACUCCUUGGCAGCAAAUUCCACUGCCGAACAGCUCUUACUGUCAAGAAGUUCUUCCUAAUGUUUAGGUGAUAUCUUCUUUCUUGUAGUUUGAAUCCAUUGCUCCGUGUCCGCUUCUCUGGGGCAGCAGAAAACAACCUUUCUCCCUCCUCUAUUGCAGCUCCCUCCUCUAUUGCGGGUUGCGGCGCUCAUCUCACUUUCAGGCCUAGGGAGCCAGCAUUAGUCCACAGACAGCUUUCCGGGUCAUGGGGCCAGCAUGACUAAACACUUCACAACAGAACACCGUGAUGAAAACCAGAGCGCACGGAAAUGCCAUUUACCUUCCCGCUG